AUGUCUGUCUCCACCGACCCCGGCCACUUCUUCCAGACCGAUGCGAGCGAAGCCAAAUCCGCCCGCCGUGCCGCCAAACGCGGGAACCAAAACGGCUCCCCAAUCGACAUAGGCUCCAAGCUCCUCGCCGUCCUACCAGACCCCACGAACCCGGACCGCAUCUACAUCGCCGAGAGUGGUGGCCUCGCCCGCCGCGUCUCCCUCGAGUCUGGAGACAAAAACCACACCUUCCGCGGCCACACCGCGCCCGUCACCUCUCUCGCGCUCGACACCGCCGCAGCAACGCUCUUCGCCGGAUCAUGGGACAAGAGCAUCAUCUCGUGGUCGACCUCCACACGCAAGCCACUCAAGACCUUCAACGGCCACACGGACUUCGUCAAGUCGCUGCUGUACCUGGCCAACAGCACCAACGGGCUACUACUCUCGGGGGCCAGCGAUGCGUCGAUCAUUAUCUGGGACGCCGUGAGCGGCGAUCGGCUAUUCUCCUUAUCUGGCCACACCCGUGGCAUCGGCGUCCUUGUGGCGGACCCCGUCAUGAGCACACGGGAGACGGCGCGGGUGCAUUCGGCGGGGAGUGAGCCCGGGAUGCGGUGCUGGGAGGUGCCGGUUGAGGCGGCGGAUGUGCGCAAGGCUAGGGGCGUGGGCGGCGUCAUGGUGGUGCAUGAGACGAGUGUCAAUGCGGUGCGGUUCGAGGGGGAGGAUGCGGAGAUGUGGACGGCGAGCGCGGACAUGACGGCGAAGCGGGUGGAUGUCCGCGGGGAGGAUGGCAAGGGGAGGACGGAUGAGGAGGGGAAUGCGGUGGUAAGGGUGGACACUGUGCUGGAGCACCCGGAUUAUGUCAAUGAUAUUGUCGUGGAUCCACGCGGGCGGUGGGCGGUGACGGCGUGUAGGGACGAGGAGGUGCGCGUGUGGGAUGUUGCGACGGGCGAGCUGUUCCACAUCUACGACGGCCACUCGGAGGACGUGAUGGCGCUGGCGAUUGUGGGCAGCAGGCAAGACAUGGUCGCGAGUGUGUCCAUUGACGGCACAAUCAGGAGAUGGUCACUACGCCAUGAUGACCUGCUGAAGGCCAUUGAGGAAAAGAAGGAGCGGGAGCAGGGCAAGGAGAAGGAGAAGGUUGAGGAGAAGGGGGAGAGUCUCUUGACGAUUGAGGAGGAGAGGGAGCUGGCUGAGCUUAUGGAGGAGGACGAUGAGUAA